AUGAUGAUGAUCAUGGUCAAGAAUUAUGAUGAUCAUAAGGAUGCUAGACAGAAGGAUGAUCGUAGUAAUUGUGAUUAUAAUGCUGAUGAUAAUAAAUAUGAUAAUGAUGAUGAUUAUGUUUAUGUUGAUGAUGAUUAUAAUGAAAAUUAUCAUAAUGAUGAUGAUCAUGUUCAGGGUGAUAAUUAUCAUGAUAAUAAUGGUCAUGAUGAUGUUCAUAAUGCUAAUGGUGAUAAUUAUCAUGUUAAUUUUUAUCAUGAUGAUGAUCAUAAUGCUAAUGAUAAUGAUCAGAAUUAUGAUGAUCAUAAGGAUGCUAGACAGAAGGAUGAUCGUAGUAAUUGUGAUUAUAAUGCUGAUGAUAAUAAAUAUGAUAAUGAUGAUGAUUAUGUUUAUGUUGAUGAUGAUUAUAAUGAAAAUGAUCAUAAUGAUGAUGAUCAUGUUCAGGGUGAUAAUUAUCAUGAUAAUAAUGAUCAUGAUGAUGUUCAUAAUGCUAAUGGUUAUAAUGAUUAUGAUCAUAAUGAUGAUGAUCAUACUGAUGAUCAUAAUGAUCCUAAUCAUAAUGAUGAUCAUGGUCAAGAUCAUGAUGAUGAUGAUCAAAAUGCUAAUGAUUAUAAUGAUGAUGAUCAUAAAUAUGAUCAUCAUGAGGAUGAUUGGGUUGGUGAUCAUUCUAAUUGUUAUCACAAGGAUGAUGAUCAUGAUUAUAAUGAUUAUAAAUAUGAUGAUCAGCAUGAUGAUUAUCAUGAUGAUGAUCAUGGUUAA